CGGCGGUGACGCAACAUCCUGCUGUGUCUUUCUCGCAUCGAAGGUUCAAUUUUCGCUCGCAGAAAACUAUAGUUUCUGGAGGAAAAGGGUCCAAAGUGGGCCGAUUGUGACACGUGUCAGAGAUGCCGGGCCUCAGCUGUAGGUUUUAUCAGCACCGCUUCCCCGAGGUGGAGGACGUGGUGAUGGUGAACGUCCGCUCUAUCGCUGAGAUGGGUGCGUAUGUGAGUCUGCUGGAGUACAACAACAUCGAGGGCAUGAUCCUGCUGAGCGAACUGUCCCGCAGACGCAUCCGCUCCAUCAACAAACUCAUCCGCAUCGGACGCAACGAGUGUGUGGUGGUCAUCAGAGUGGACAAAGAGAAGGGAUACAUUGAUUUGUCCAAGAGAAGAGUGUCUCCGGAAGAAGCCAUCAAGUGUGAGGAUAAAUUCACCAAAUCUAAAACCGUGUACAGUAUUUUACGGCAUGUGGCUGAAGUGUUGGAGUACACCAAGGACGAACAGCUGGAGAGUUUGUUCCAGCGAACCGCUUGGGUGUUUGACGAGAAGUACAAGAAACCUGGAUACGGUGCCUACGACGUCUUCAAGCAGGCCGUGUCUAAUCCCUCCAUCCUGGAUGGUUUGGAUCUGACGGAGGAGGAGAGGAACGUGCUCAUCGACAACAUCAACAGACGCCUCACUCCACAAGCGGUCAAAAUCAGAGCAGACAUUGAGGUGGCGUGUUAUGGAUAUGAAGGCAUUGAUGCUGUCAGAGACGCUCUGAAGGCGGGGCUUAACUGCUCCACAGAUGCCAUGCCAAUCAAGAUCAACCUGAUCGCACCGCCGCGAUACGUCAUGACCACCACCACACUGGAGCGCACCGAGGGUCUGUCAGUGCUCCACCAGGCCAUGACCGCCAUCAAGGAGCGCAUCGAGGAGAAGCGAGGGGUCUUCAAUGUCCAGAUGGAGCCCAAAGUGGUGACGGACACAGACGAGACAGAACUGCAGCGACAGCUCGAGCGUCUGGAGCGAGAGAACGCAGAGGUGGACGGAGACGACGACGCCGAGGAGAUGGAGGCCAAGACACACGAGUAGUGCUUCAGAUGAACUGAUUUCAACUUUGACACAAACCUCACACUGAUGUUCUGAACCGGUGGCCUUUUAACCCUUCACAGCUAGGAUGAAUAUUAACAUUUCAGCUGUUUCACCAAUGCAGAGUGAAGACGGUGAUGACCUCGCUCUGCUUCGAUCUCAGUAAGAAAUCUGGAAAGUUGUUGGACGCUUUGUAUUCUUUUGCAUCUGUAUUUAUUGACAUGCUACAAAGCUACUGAUUGAGUGAACAUUUGAUUUAAAAUAUCUAGUCAAAAACAUACUUCAAUGAAACUUAAACGUUUUCAAAAUUGGUAUCUAAAUGACAUUUCAUUGUUUUGUUUUUAAUUUUUUACCUAAAAGGAAAUUUCUUAAAAAUUCUGAUUUAGGCAUUUUGAAUUAUUUUCAAAUGCAAAAUGAAUGAAUUCAAAUGUUUUUAGACAAAAUCUAGGUUUGGUUGAGGAGGGAGGAAAAAUUCCCAGCAAAUAUUUGUGAUUAUUGAUGAAUUAAAUCAGCAUCUCAUGUUGAUAAUUUGACUGUCCUAAUGGUUUCUAAAUAUUUGCUGUAAAUAAUUAAUUCACAGGCAAACAAUUGUAUUUAUAAUUCAUAAUUAUAUUUUUUACAAACCAUUUAAGGUAUUGCCAGAUCUUCCAGUGCUUUUUUAUGUUUAUAAUUUACUAAGACUUACAAAGAAAACCAAAUAUAUAUAUAUAUAUAUAUACAAAAAAAAAAAAUCAUUUUAACUUAAAGCUGAUAUAUUUGUAAUUAAUUGACUAAUUAAAUCAGCAUCUCAUGUUGAUAAUUUGAUUGUCCUAAUUGUUUCUAAAUAUUUGAUGUGACCACAAAAAAAAAAAAAAAGUUGCAAAAGCAACUUUUAUAAUUUUAAUUUCAUCUUUUAAAUUAAAUGACUUUUUUUAAUUAAUAAUAAAAACUGGUUAAAACUAGAUUUUUUUUUCCUAUGAAAAAUGCAAAAACCCCAUAUGAAGAAUUCACUUGUGUAAAAUGCAAAUCUUCCUGAAAAUAAACCAUGCAACGUCCACUUUUAUAUCAAAGUUAAUAUUCAAUAAUUUUACUGUUGUGUUUGUCUGUUAUGAGUAAACAUGCAUGAACUGACGUGCAGCUCCAAAGCCGAGACCACGACACAUUAAUAAUACACACAAAGAUUUUACUAAAAAAAAAAAAAAAAAAAAAAAAAAAGAUUCACUUUUAUUCAAAACACAUCCAC